CACGGCAUGGCCCGGCCCCCGAUGAGCACGGCCCCCGGUGAGCACGGCCCCGGGGUGAGCACGGCACGGCACGGCACCGCCCCCGGUGAGCACGGCCCCGGUGCCGGCGGCCCCGCUGCACCGUGCGCAGCGCCAGCACCGCCCCGCGUCCUGCCCCAUAAAUAGCGGGCGGCCGGCGCUACUCUGCACCGCUGCUAUCCCCGCCGGACCGAGCCGAAUCGAGCCGAGCUAGACUGAGCUAAACCGAGCCGAGCCGAGCCAUGGACCCCCAGGACUGCACGUGUGCCGCCGGUGACUCCUGCUCCUGCGCAGGGUCCUGCAAGUGCAAGAACUGCCGCUGCCGGAGCUGCCGCAAGAGUUGCUGCUCCUGCUGCCCCGCGAGCUGCAGCAACUGCGCCAAGGGCUGCGUGUGCAAGGAGCCGACGAGCAGCAAGUGCAGCUGCUGCCACUGAGCCGCUCGGUCUGCCUGUAAAUAGUCGGCACGCUUCGGGGACAGGGGGUGGGGGGCACACAAAAGCCUAUUUUUUUUGUUUUGUUUUUCUUCUUUUGUAUUUUCUGUACCAGUGGUGAAACUGGAUGGAAAUAAAGGAGUUUUUCUGGA